AUGUUUCUUCUCAUCAGAAAGUUUUGGAGCCGGCCACUUCGAUUCCUGAGGUAUCAACUACAAUCCCAACUUCUGUUCCCAUACAUGAAGAUUUUUUCCAAAGUUUUUCUAUCCCUUCUCCCACUACCACUAUUUCCACUCCCAUUUCGAUUGACCAUCACAUCAUUCCUUGACACCCUUACUAAAGAGCAUUCCGCCAACCUUGAGAAGACAAACAAGGAGGUCGACACAUUUGCUUCUGUAUGCAAUGAAACGACCAAAAAUGUCGAUAAACUAAUUAAAGAUGCUCAUGCGUUCAUGGAGAAAUUCCAGAGCUCAUUUGAGUCCAAUACCACAAAGGCUAAUGAGGUUAUUUCUAGACUGGGCUCAACUCUUAAAAUAGAGAAGGCAAAACUUGAAGUAGUUCGCACUGGUCUUCAAACUGACCACUCUGAGUUCAGUUCCUCUAUCUCCUAUAAGAUCACAAAGCUUUAG